AUGUCAAAGACAAUCACCAACGUUGCACUCACAGGAGCGACCGGUAAUGUAGGAUCACCCAUAUUGACUAGCCUUCUUGAAGCCGGUUUCAAUAUUACUGUCAUUGCUCGCAAGGGGGGUAGAGCAUUCCCAUCGGGUGUGUCAGUCAAGGUUGUCAACACCGACUCUAUCGCAGAGAUAACCGAGGCCCUACGUGGUCAACAUGCCAUCGUGGAUGCAACAUCCGGGCCCGAUCCAACCCUUCCAGGGCGAAUUGUCGAAGCUGCUGCUUCCGCCCGGGUAUACCGUAUCAUCCUCAGCGAAUUCAGUGUCGAUCCUGAAGAUCCUGUAGCUCGCUCGCCGCUCGUGCACCAUGGAAAAAACCAAGCUCUUCGGCGAGUCAAGGAAUUGGCUGCUGAGAGAAAGCUCACAUGGAGUGCUAUAUCGAAUGGGGCUUUCUUAGAUUGGAACAUCCGAACCGGCUUCAUCAACGUUGACAUUCGAAGCAAGAAGGUCGAAUACAUUAACGAUGGCAUGCUUCCGUUUCCCUGGACAAUGCUCUCUUCGGUCGGUGCAGCAGUUGCAAAUGCACUCCAAAAGGCAAAAGAGACGGAAAACCGCUGUUUGUAUAUCUCUAGCGUUAUCAAGAGCCAGAAGCAGAUGGUAGAGCUUGCGAAAGAGGUCUUAGGUAGAGAUGGGUGGGAGGAGACAGAGCAAGAUAUGAACCAAAAGUUGGAGGACGCGACUGAGUCUAUGAUGGCUGGCAAAGUUGACCUUGGUGUCAUCGGCGAUAUGAUCCGAUGGUCUGCGGGUACCGUGCCUGCCCUGCGCUGGAAGCAGUUGGACGACAACAAGCUGUUAGGCGUCGAACAGCUGGAUGACGACGAGGUGCGCAAGUUAAUUCGAGACAUCGCUUUGGAGAGCAAGUAG